UAUCAAGGCCCCAUGGUGUAAUGGUUAGCACUCUGGACUUUGAAUCCAGCGAUCCGAGUUCAAGUCUCGGUGGGACCUCGCUUCUUUUAUGUAUGGAAGAAAUUCCAUUCUACAUUGUUUUGUUUUAGUUAAAAAUUUUGCAAUUGCUUAAUCUCAAAGUAUUUAGUGAGCAUGAUUUUUUCAACGUCUUCUUAAAAAUACUUUUAUUUAAAGAUAAUGUAAAAACGUAAUAGUCAGGCUUAGUCAGCAAACAUAAUCCAAGAACGACUACUAGUUCCAGGGUCAUUGACAGCACCCCAAACCAAAUUAGCCUGCGUACAGGUUGUAGGAAAAGUCGGUUUCUUGGCAACGACAUAAACUAAAUGAAAAAUAAUAGUCUUGUGAAGUGAAUGAGAAACGAAGAAGAUUUAAUAACUGCAAUUUUUGAAUUUAUUUUUUAAACUUAUUUCAUAAUGUCGAUAGCAUCAUUGACAACUAGAUUUGUAUUUGGCAUUAAAGGUGAUAUUUCAGAUAACAUUUGUUAUCUGGAUGAGCAAACGAUCGUAUUUCCCAGUGGUUCUAACUGCAUCCUGUAUAACAUUGAUCAAAAAACUCAGAGGUUUAUUCCAGGAACAGAUAAAAGUCCAGGGAUUUCUUCAAUGGCAGUAAGUCCUAACAGACGUUAUAUAGCCAUUGCUGAAAGAGGAGACAAGGCGAUUAUAACUAUAUUUGAUCUUCAUACCUUACGAAAAAGGAAAGUGCUUACUUAUUCUGAUGGCACAGCUACAGAGUUUGUGAGUUUAGCUUUUUCUCCUGAUUCCAAGUAUUUAAUAUCACAAGGAGGAAAACCAGAUUGGAUUCUACUGUAUUGGACUUGGGAGAAAGCAAAAAUUAUGGCAUUAACCAAGUCAUCAAAUCAAAACGUUUCGCCUGUUCAUCAGGUCUCGUUUAAUCCUCAAGACAACACACAGCUAUGCGUAGUUGGUCAAGGUAUUUUCAAGCUUUUCCGUUACAGCGAAGGCAAUCUCAAACAAUUUGCAUUUCAAAAAUUGGAUCCACAAAACUUCUUGUGUCAUACAUGGCUUUCUGAUGAGAAAAUUGUGGCUGGAACUGAUACUGGUCGGCUAUUGUUGUUUGAGUCUGGAGAAUUGAGAAAUGAGCUUCAUAUUAGUGGACCGUCAUCAACUUCGGCGUUCAAAGCUCCUGGAGCAAUGUCAGUAAUACCUGAAUCAAGUUCAACUCAAGAUCUUCGUCCUCAAGUCACGAGUAUUGCAGCGUUUUCUAAAGGUUUUGUCUGCUCUGGUGGAGCCGGUUUUGUUCAUUUGUUUGAAAAAACUGACGAUAAAGAUGGUUUCAAGAAAAGCCGAGAAAUAAAAGUUCCAGUAGAUUCUCAAAGUCCUGAUCCCGAAGCGUCAAUAGCAAACCAAAUUAUCACAACUUUAGCAGUUAGUCCCUCAGAAGAAACACUUGUUUGCAGUACAAAAGCAAAUCAAAUGUAUUCUAUUACAAUGUCAAGCACUGAUUUAGGAAAGGGAGACCAAAUCACAUUUGAACUUUUGAGUCAAUCAUUUCAUAAUGGAGUGAUUACAGGUCUAGAUAUAUGUAUUCGGAAACCUCUUGUUGCUACUUGUAGCAUUGAUCGUUCUGUUCGCGUUUGGAAUUAUGAAACUUGUUCACUUGAGUUAUCACGAGAAUUCCAAGAGGAAUGUUACAGCAUAGCUCUCCAUCCGUCGGGACUUUAUAUUCUUGUUGGUUUUAGUGAUAAAUUACGUUUAAUGAACCUCCUUAUUGACGAAAUAAGAAUGUUUAAAGAAUUUACUAUACGAGGAUGUCGAGAGUGUUCAUUCAGCAACGGUGGACAUUAUUUUGCUACGGUUCAUGGAAAUGUUAUUCAACUAUACUCAACUAUGACUUUUGAAAAUGUCGGCAAUCUUAAAGGACAUAAUGGAAAGGUUCGUGCGGUAAUUUGGAGUCAAGAUGACACGAAAAUAAUAUCUUGUGGAAUGGACGGCGCAGUAUAUGAAUGGAAUGUUUAUACUGGAAAACGUGACGGUGAAAGUGUUUUAAAAUCAUGCAGUUAUACUGGAGUGGCUGUCUCGCCAGAUGGAAGAACAACUUUUGCGGUUGGAUCCGAUAAAACUUUAAAAGAAAUAUGUGAUUCUCAGAUUCUUCGUGAAGUUUCAUCAAGUGAUAUGGUUUUAACUCAAGUGAGUAUGUCUAGAUCAGGGCGUAUGUUGUUUGUUGCUACUAAAACUGGUACUGUCCGAGCUAUGAAGUUUCCUUUAACAGUUCCUGGUGAAUGGCAAGAAUAUCAAAGUCAUUGUGGCACAGUAACUAAGAUGCGUAUAUCCUUUGACGAUCAAUAUUUAUUUACAGUCGGUGAAGAUGCUUGUUUGUUUAUUUACAAAGUGACUGAGAAAGAAGGUCGUGGUUUGAAACGUGAAAAAGAGAUAGUUUAUGCUGAAGAGAUUCUUAUUACAAAAUCAGACUUAGAAGAAAAGAAUUCCAUGAUGGCUGAGUUAAAAACACGAGUGGAAGAAUUAAAAAUGGAAAACGAGUACCAGUUGAGAUUAAAAGACAUGAAUUACAAUGAAAAAAUCAAGGAACUCACCGAAAAGUUUAUACAAGAAAUGGAAUCGUUAAAAACCAAGAAUCAAGUAUUGAAGACAGAUAAAGAAAAAGAAGAAGCAAAACAUGAGGAAGAAGUUUCUGACAUUCGUGAAAAACAUUCAAGAGAGUUGCAGGAUUUAGAAUCAGCUAAUAAUCAGAAAUUAAUGUCGGAAUACGAAAAAUAUCAAGAACUUCAAUCGAAGAGUCAGAAAAUGCAAGAAGAUUAUGACAGACAACUGGAGGAAAUGGAGUCUUCAAAAGAACAAGCUUUGUCUCAAUUAACGGAGUAUUUUGAAACUAAACUUCAAGAAAAGAGUGGACAGUUAGAGCAAUCUCAAGAUGAAUCACGACAACAAGUUAGAGAACAUGAAGAAACAAAACGACAAAUUGAAGAAGAUGCUGAUCGAGAAAUUCUUGAUAUCAAGAAUAAAUAUGAAAGACGCUUAAGAGAAGAGAAGGAACAAAAUUUGAGAUUAAAAGGCGAGACAGGAAUUAUGAGAAAGAAGUUUACAAGUCUUCAGAAAGAGAUAGAUGAUUACAAGGCUGAGAUUCAGCGUCUUCAUGGUGAACACAACAAACUACAAGGAGUUAUCAAAUCUUUAGAAAAAGAUAUUUAUGGUUUAAAAAAAGAAAUUCAAGAACGAGACGAAACAAUUCAAGAUAAGGAAAAACGUAUUUAUGAUUUAAAAAAGAAGAAUCAAGAACUGGAGAAGUUUAAGUUUGUGUUGGAUUACAAGAUCAAGGAACUAAAGAAACAAAUUGAACCUAGAGAAAAUGACAUCAAAGCGAUGAAAGAACAAAUUCAAGAGAUGGAAAGUGAGUUAGAGCGUUUCCAUAAACGCAAUACUUCGUUAGAAUUAAACAUUGAUGUUCUUCGCCAAAAACUUAAAGCAACAGACAAAGAAAUGCAUAUGGAAAGACAAAAGGUAAAUAACGUUGAAGCGGUCGUAAAGCGAUUUAAGACUGAACUCUAUAACUGUGUGGGAUAUAUACAAGAGCCAAAGAAACUGAAAGAAAGUGUUAAACAGUUGUACCAGAAAUAUGCUCAAGAAAACACGAAUGAUUCAUCGCCAAGUGUUGACGUUGAUAUGCAACAAGAAUAUGCGAGACAGCGAGAACAUUUAGAGAGAAGUGUUGCAUCUUUGCGAAAAAAACUUGAGAAGGAUAACGAAAUACAUCGGGCAGAUAAUGUCAGGAUUAUGCAGGAGAAUGUUACACUUAUUAAAGAAAUCAAUGAUCUACGUCGAGAACUGAAGAUUUCUCGAACUCAAGUACAUGACCUGGAGACUGCCCUCGGAGUAAUGCGCCGUUCUCAGGGAGGUCUGAGUUCUCCUGUGAAAUCUGCUCCUAAUAAAAAGAACUCUUCUCGUGACAAUGCUGCAGAUGACUUGGAGAAAAUUAUCACCAUUCAAAAGAGUGAAAUACGUAAACUUCGCGAACAGAUUCAUGAUCUUGAAAAUCAAACAAUCAAAACACCGUCUGGUGGUCGCCUUCCACCGGUUCCAGUGCCAUAAUACCAUCAUAAUACCACCAUAAUACCACCAUAAUACCACCAUAAUUCUACCAUAAUACCAUCAUAAUACCACCAUAAUACCACCAUAAUACCACCAUAAUACCAUCAUAAUACACCUUAAACAACUAAUACCCUCACAUAAACUUUGUACAUAAAACAUGCUUUUUAUAAAGAUAUUAGAAAUGUACAUAAAUCAAGGUUAAAAACCUGGAACAACUUCUUUUUUCUUCACAAUAACGUUCUAUUUGAUGAAUUCAACAAGUUUUAUUCAUAUUUUUU